GCCCUGAGCAGGGCAUGAUGCGCAUGGACGCAGCUUUGUGAACUUGUCGGACUGAGGAGCUGGCAUCAGUCCCGGAGCGAGUCUAGGCCACCCCCGCCGCCACUCCACCUGCCUGGAAACACGCUGUGUGAAGCAGAGCCGAUUCGGUGAACGCGGAGGGAGAGCAGCGCCACGGGUCACCGUGAGGCCGAAAUCGCUGGACCCUUCACCCCCCACCCCGCAGCCCCGGGUGCCUGGGAGUUCUGCCCGCGCCCCACCACCCCCACCCCAGGCGUCUUCGUCCGGCUCACCCCCGUCCUCCUACGGGACCCGGCAGGCGGAGCAAAAGCUGCCGUGACGUAACCCGGGGGGGGAGCGGGGGGAAAUGUGCCGAGGGCCGGGCGCCACAGGGCCAGUGCAAGCGACGCAGCCACCCGCGCUCUAGCGCGCGCUCGGUCGCCGGCGCCCGGAGCCUCCGUCUGCGGCCCGGCGCCGGGGUCUGCGGGCCCGGCUGCACCGGGGGCGAACCCGAGCCGACACCUCUGGCAGCUCCGGACACCAAGCACAGGGGGUCCGGCCAAGCUGUUGCGCUCCCGGGCGCCGGGCUGGGCUGGCUGGGGACAGCUGCGGGUUGCCGGAGAGCUGAGCCAGCGGAUUGCAGCGAGGCAAAGAUGUCACGGUGGAUCCUUUGCCUCCAGGACCCAUCAAGGUGAGAAUAAGAUCCUUGGCUGGUUGGAACUUGCCUAAGACUGUAAGGCAGCCAUGGAUAUGGCAUAUGAGUUACUCAAUGGGAACCAAUCUUGGCUUCCCUCUCCAUUCGACCUCAAUGGCUCCAUGGUGGCAGCCAACAGCUCAAACCAGACAGAGCCAUAUUAUGACCUGACCAGCAAUGUGGUCCUCACGUUCAUCUAUUUUGGGGUCUGCAUCAUUGGGCUGUGUGGCAACACGCUGGUCAUUUACGUCAUCCUCCGGUACGCCAAGAUGAAGACCAUCACCAACAUCUACAUCCUCAACUUGGCCAUUGCAGAUGAGCUCUUCAUGCUGGGCCUGCCCUUCCUGGCCAUGCAAGUGGCUCUCGUCCACUGGCCCUUUGGCAAGGCCAUUUGCCGGGUGGUCAUGACGGUGGACGGCAUCAAUCAGUUCACCAGCAUUUUCUGCUUAACAGUCAUGAGCAUCGACCGAUACCUGGCUGUGGUCCACCCCAUCAAGUCGGCCAAGUGGAGGAGACCCCGGACAGCCAAGAUGAUCAACAUGGCUGUGUGGGGUGUCUCUCUGCUGGUCAUCUUGCCUAUUAUGAUAUAUGCUGGGCUUCGGAGCAACCAGUGGGGGAGAAGCAGCUGCACCAUCAACUGGCCAGGUGAAUCUGGGGCAUGGUACACAGGGUUCAUUAUCUACACUUUCAUCCUGGGGUUCCUGGUGCCCCUCACCAUUAUUUGUCUUUGCUACCUGUUCAUUAUCAUCAAGGUGAAGUCCUCUGGAAUCCGAGUGGGUUCCUCCAAGAGGAAGAAGUCUGAGAAGAAGGUCACCCGGAUGGUGUCCAUAGUGGUGGCUGUCUUCAUUUUCUGCUGGCUCCCGUUCUACAUAUUCAAUGUCUCUUCAGUCUCUGUGGCCAUCAGCCCCACCCCAGCCCUGAAAGGCAUGUUUGACUUCGUGGUGGUCCUCACCUAUGCUAACAGCUGUGCCAACCCUAUCCUAUAUGCCUUCUUGUCUGACAACUUUAAGAAGAGUUUCCAGAACGUCCUCUGCUUGGUCAAGGUGAGCAGCACAGAUGACGGGGAACGAAGUGACAGUAAGCAGGACAAAUCCCGGCUGAAUGAGACCACGGAGACCCAGAGAACCCUCCUCAACGGAGACCUGCAGACCAGCAUCUGAACUGCCUGAAAAAUCAGUACACCAAAGGCUCUGCCAAGUGGCGACGUGCUCCCUGCCCCCACCUCCUCCCACCCAUCACACCAGGGUUCUAGCAUAACGCAAUUGCUCAGCUUGAGUCCAAUUCAGAGAACAGUGUUUGGCUCAGCUUGUCUGAGUGAAUGAUAAUGUAUUCAAUCGCUUACCUCCCCCUUAGAGUGAACAUUUAAAUGCAAGCAGACAAUUCGGAGUCUGGAGAAGAGGAGAUCAUGCCUGGGUGUGAUCUUUAGAAAUGUUGAAGCUCAACAAAAAUAGAAAACUCUUAUCUGUAUAUUUAUUUAAAACUCAAUGUGUAAUCUUGUGGUCUUACAUUUACACUUGUGCAUACCUAUCUGGUUCCUGUGCAGUCAUUACCUGUGUUUGCCGUGUACACUUCUACACAAGUAGAAGAUUCAUGUGCAUAGUAUAGGUGGAUAUUUAUUACAAUGGGGUGCCCACAGAAGUGGACAUACAAUGAAGCCAAUAAAAUUUAAGCUUCGGGGA